CGGUACGACGAGAAGGUUAAGCGCUAGCUGCGCCACCGAUUGCAAACAGCACCAAACAAAUGUCGCCUCUAUAGAACAUGACGGAUUUGGUGAAGUUCCUUGAACAUUCUCUUGCUUUUGCUCUUCCACGUCGUUGUCGCGCAACUUGUACGCUCUCAUUGCGCUCCACGGGUUUUUUCUCUGUUCUUAUUGCACUUUGCUCUACGUCCUGUAUUUCGCUCAGCUGUUGGGCGCGUAAUCAUUGUCACUGUAUCCAUACCUAUCAUUGCAAAAGAUUUUCUGUUCUUCUGCUUGAGUCAGCGAAAACAUGCCUGAGGAAGAUUAUGAUAUCUACGGCGAAUACGAAGCUUAUGCUCCCGCAGGAGCCAACCAGGAUAUUGACGGACAGGAAUUCGACGCACAGGAAGAGCCAGUGGAGGCUAUAACGACUACAGUCGAACCCGCGACAGGUGAGAAACGGCCUCGAAGCGACGAGGAAGAGGAGGAAGCGAAGCCGUCACCCACGCAACACUCGCCUCCAGCUCCUCACGCCCAGUCAAUCCAGCAAGGGCAGGUUAGGACCGAAGGUAUCACGCAUGGCAUGAACGGUAACUACAACCCUGUUGUGCAAAACGGUGGUCAGAUGGGAGGCGGGAUGGACCCGGCGAUGAUGGGCUAUGAUGCACUGUAUAUUGGUGAUCUGCAAUGGUGGACAACGGAUGAGGACCUGCGUCAAGUCGCUCUUAAUGUCGGCGUGUCAAUCGAUCACCGCGAUAUCACCUUUUCUGAGCAUAAGGUGAACGGCAAGAGUAAAGGUAUUGCCUACGUGGAGUUCAGUAGUUUCGAGAACGCCAACGCCGUCAAAACAUGGUUCGAUAAUACCGACUUUCAAAAUCGACGUGCUACAGCAACUCUGACAAGUUCGUCACAAGGGAAUCCAUUCCGCACGCUCCCAAAAGAACCACCACCACGGGAUGCCCGAAGCACCCAACAAGGAACCCCCGUAUCCACAUCAGGGACAAGCAUGGGCCGCGGCUCGGCAGGCGGCUUCCGCGGUAAUGCUUCCAACCAGAUGGGGGGAGGCAUGAUGGGCGCACAAGGUCGCGGGGGUGGUAUGACGAGUAACAUGAUGCGCGGCGGCAUGCCCACAAUGAUGGGUAACAUGGGCAUGGGCAUGGGCGGCAUGAACAUGAUGGGAAUGGGUAACAUGGGGAACAUGGGCAUGGGCAUAGGCGGCUUCGGCGGGCGCGGCAACAUGGUUCCCCAGGGACCCAGAGGUGGUGGUAUGAUGGUGGGCGGACGUGGCGGCAUGGGAGGAAUGGGUAUGGGAAUGAUGGGAGGACGCGGCGGCUUCGGCAUGCAAGGUCACUUCAACCCAGCGUUUAUACAAGGCCAGCAAGGCGGUCAGUUUGGUGGCGGCGGCUCAGACAGGAAGCGAUUCCGAGCGGACGACAAUUGAUCUUGCAUCAAGACAAAACACCCAUGGAUCGACGUAUCUAAGUAUUUAUUUAUUUAUUUCUAUCCAUCCUCCACUCCUUCGUAUCGUGCGCUCAGCAUUUUAACUUGUUGAUAUUUACUGUCUCGUCACUGUUGACAUUGCUGAUGUUCAAUAACCUAUCCUUGUAAUAUUGAUACGUGUGUCGUCUAUUCUCUGUUGCGGAUCGGUUCCA